AUGAGGGUGAUAAAGAAGGGGAUAAAGGGGAUAAAGGAGAUAAAUGAGAUAAAGGAGAUAAAGGGGAUAAAGAAGAUAAAGGAGAUAAAGGAGAUAAAGGAGAUAAAGGAGAUAAAGGAGAUAAAGGAGAUAAAGGAGAUAAAGGAGAUAAAGGAGAUAAAGGAGAUAAAGGAGAUAAAGGAGAUAAAGGAGAUAAAGGAGAUAAAGGAGAUAAAGGAGAUAAAGGAGAUAAAGGAGAUAAAGGAGAUAAAGGAGAUAAAGGAGAUAAAGGAGAUAAAGGAGAUAAAGGAGAUAAAGGAGAUAAAGGAGAUAAAGGAGAUAAAGGAGAUAAAGGAGAUAAAGGAGAUAAAGGAGAUAAAGGAGAUAAAGGAGAAAGGAGAUAAAGGAGAUAAAGGAGAUAAAGGAGAUAAAGGAGAUAAAGGAGAUAAAGGAGAUAAAGGAGAUAAAGGAGAUAAAGGAGAUAAAGGAGAUAAAGGAGAUAAAGAAGAUAAAGGAGAUAAAGAAGAUAAAGGAGAUAAAGGAGAUAAAGGAGAUAAAGGAGAUAAAGGAGAUAAAGGAGAUAAAGGAUAUAAAGGAGAUAAAGGAGAUAAAGGAGAUAAAGGAGAUAAAGGAGAUAAAGGAGAUAAAGGAGAUAAAGGAGAUAAAGGAGAUAAAGGAGAUAAAGGAGAUAAAGGAGAUAAAGGAGAUAAAGGAGAUAAAGGAGAUAAAGGAGAUAAAGGAGAUAAAGGAGAUAAAGGAGAUAAAGGAGAUAAAGGAGAUAAAGGAGAUAAAGGAGAUAAAGGAGAUAAAGGAGAUAAAGGAGAUAAAGGAGAUAAAGGAGAUAAAGGAGAUAAAGGAGAUAAAGGAGAUAAAGGAGAUAAAGGAGAUAAAGGAGAUACAGGAGAUAAAGGAGAUAAAGGAGAUAAAGGAGAUAAAGGAGAUAAAGGAGAUAAAGGAGAUAAAGGAGAUAAAGGAGAUAAAGGAGAUAAAGGAGAUAAAGGAGAUAAAGGAGAUAAAGGAGAUAAAGGAGAUAAAGGAGAUAAAGGAGAUAAAGGAGAUAAAGGAGAUAAAGGAGAUAAAGGAGAUAAAGGAGAUAAAGGAGAUAAAGGAGAUAAAGGAGAUAAAGGAGAUAAAGGAGAUAAAGGAGAUAAAGGAGAUAAAGGAGAUAAAGGAGAUAAAGGAGAUAAAGGAGAUAAAGGAGAUAAAGGAGAUAAAGGAGAUAAAGGAGAUAAAGGAGAUAAAGGAGAUAAAGGAGAUAAAGGAGAUAAAGGAGAUAAAGGAGAUAAAGGAGAUAAAGGAGAUAAAGGAGAUAAAGGAGAUAAAGGAGAUAAAGGAGAUAAAGGAGAUAAAGGAGAUAAAGGAGAUAAAGGAGAUAAAGGAGAUAAAGGAGAUAAAGGAGAUAAAGGAGAUAAAGGAGAUAAAGAAGAUAAAAGAAAUAUAGGAGAUAAAAAGGAUAAAUGGGUUAAAACAGAUAAAGGGGAUGAAGAGGAUAAGGAGAUAAAUGAUAUUGGGGAUAAGAAGGGGUAUAUGGGAUAA